ACGACCGUUAGGCAAACAUUCCUUUGUAAGUAUAAGCAUGCUGAUCCUUACGCUCGACCAGGAAAUGCUCACUUUACAAGCUUCGUUUCUAACUUUAUGUCUGUCUGUCUGUCUGGCAACACAACAGCUUCCCUGUAUGUUGUUGUAAAGUCUUGUCAGUGUGGAUCCUCGGCAUGCCUGAGCAAUGUUUCCAUGGAUGUUGUUCUGCAGCAUAUUGCAUUGGGUGAAUCAACUGUCCCUCAUGGCUAUAGCGCUGAUGAAUCAGGUAAUCUGCUGGUAGACAACAAGUCGGAGAGCUAUGAGCAAGUGGUACUGCCAGUGGAUGACACGGAGCUUGAAUCUACAGUGAAUGGGUCUAAGGAGGUUGAGGCUGGGGGCCGUGGAAAGCGCAGACGCGUUGCAAACACUCAGUUCGACGGCCUCAAAAUUGGUGUGACGGUCACACAAAAUAGUAAUUCGUCGAGGGAUUCGACUCAAGAAACCCACACUGGCACAUCUAGCGAGGCAACAGCUCGCGAAAGCUCGCACCGACCCCGUGGCGGACUCGGUCGGUUUGUGGAGAAGGUUAAGGACGGCGCGAAUAAACUAAAGAUCUUGCGCUCGAAGGAUUCCCGUAGUCGCAGCCCUAUACCCCCAAAUGCGUAUCAUCAACGUGCUCCAUCAACCUCGAAUAUCAUUGAGGUUCAAGCUGCUCUAUCUGGUGUAGAAGUGGAGGCUGAUACCCAAUCGGCACCUCGAGAUGCACAAAAGGCUACAAAACACAUGUUUUCAUUUUUAGGAUUUUUGAGAACUAUGGUCCCUGCUGGCCAGGAUGCACAAGAAGCUCUCAGUACUGCGGACAAGUCGCAGGACACAUAUCUCCAACCCCCUCAGAAUAUUUGAUGCUGUUAUCGGAGACAUCGCGGAUGUACAUCCAUACGCAAAGAUGGC